UACUGAGGGGUUUGGGAUGGUUGCCCUGGAAGCAAUUUCUGCUGGUGUUCCUGUUCUUGUUGCCAGAGAAUCUGGAAUAGCUGAAGCUUUACUUAAAGUAAAAGGUGGGAAUUCUGUCAUUGUUGAAUCGGAUGAUGCUAAAAAGUGGGCACAAAGGAUCCAACUACUGUCUGACAAAAGACCAGAAGAGAGAGAAAGCAGCGCCAAGCUGCUCAGAAAGCACUACAAUGAAAUGUACCCUUGGAGCAAGGAAUGUGAGAAAUUCAAAAGGAUGAGUAAGGUUUUAGCAGAAAGUUUAAAAGCUUUGGAAAUAACAAUUGAUGUGGAGACCAUGAAACCUGCAGAACACAACACAGAGACUAGAACUCCCAUUCCCACGAAAGAAGACGUCUUAUGUUUAAUUGCUGCCAACUAUCUGCAGAAUACACCACCAAGGAGUAAGGCUGACCGUGAUGCCUUUGUGGCAUACAUGAAAGAAAUGAGACUCCUUAUUACAGGUUUUACUUUUGGAAGUUUGCUGAUAAAGGUGAAGUGUGAUUCACUCCCAAUCCUGGAGAGAUUGUGGGAAGACUAUUCGUCAGGGCAUCUUGGUGAUGUGGUUCAAAGGUGUUUCGUUACAGAAGAGAUCUUGACAGAAUUUAACCUUGCAGAGUUGAAGCUUAAAACAACAAUCUCAAAAGAGGAGUAUAAAGCGUGCGAAAUGCACUUUGGAAAAGAUCCAGCACAAGGACUGAAGCUUUUCGUCAAAACAGUGACCAAAAAGACCACAAUCGCACUGAGCGCCGUUCCAGAUGAUUCUAUCCAGGAUGUGAAAAAGAAAAUAAUGGAUGAGGUGGGAAUACCAGGCAAUCAGCAACGGCUUACCCUAGAUGGUAGCACACUCGAAGAUGACCACAGUCUGGGUGACUACAACAUUACGAAGGAUACAGUGCUGCAUUUGGUUCAACUAAAAUGUGGAAGUGGCAUGCGAAUUUACGUGAAUACACGCAGUGGGAGGAUGAUCACAUUAGACGUUGUGCCGGAAAAUACCAUCGAGAACGUGAAGAAGGGAAUACUUGAGAAAGAAGGAAUACCAGUCGAAUGUCAAUGUCUCUUCUAUGCUGCUGAGCCUGAGGAGCUCAAAGAUUACCGCACUUUGAAAGACUACAACAUCCAAAGAGGAUCAACCCUAUUCUUGACUCCAGAGCUACUGGAUGACACUAUGAUGCCAAUCUUCGUAAAGAUGAUGACUGGGAAGACGAUCACGUUGAACUUUAAACCGGAAACUGCUAUCAAGAACGUGAAAGUUCAAAUUCAGAGGCGAAUAGGCGUCCCACCUGGCAAACAACGUCUCGACUGUGGUGUCCACGAACUCAAAGAAGGCCGCAUGUUAUGGGAAUACAACAUCCAGAAAGAGUCAACCCUAUAUUUAAGAGUUGAUGACCAAUCUGGCAGUAUGCCAAUUCAUGUGCUGAUGCCAAGUGGAAAGAUGACUACUUUAGAUGUCUUACGGAGCGAUGACGUAAAGAACAUCAAACGUGAAAUCUACUACAAAGAUGGUAUCCCACCCGGUCUGCAGUACCUUCUCUUUGAUGGCAAGGAACUCGAAGAUGGUCGGACUUUGAACGACUUCAACAUUCAGAAAGGAUCAAUGCUGCAUUUGGUGUUGCACCAAUCCGUAGAAAAGCUCAACUCCUCAGCUGAUAACCCGCACGCAGCUAAAGUUCAUAUUCAACUGCGGAUCGAGUGCGAGGCCAUCUCAAGACCCACACCCUCAGAGAUGACAACGCAGGAACGCAAACGCUGGUCCCAAGGGAAAACAGUGCCACCUACUACGUCACGUAGUAGGAGGGGAAAGGCGUCGGGCGGUUCUCCUACAGCAGAGGACGUUUUAAAGCUUGUUGCGUUCAGGUACCUGCAGACAACUGACGCAUCUAAACCGCAGGAUUCAACUAGCGGCUUUGCAUAUUAUUUAGAGAAGGUACGGAUUGUGGACGUCACUCAGCACCUGAAACGUUUGUGGAUGAGAGUGGAAUGUAGCUCCCUGCGGAUACUUGAAAACUACGACUAUUGCAAUCAGCGUCUGAGCGAAUUGGCACAGAACGCCCUUGUGACAGAGGACAUUCUCAAAGAGCUUGGCCUUACCAACGUGAAACUCAGGACAACGAUUUCAGAGAAGGAAUAUAGAGAUUGUCGAGUGCAAUUCUUGCAGAGUCUUGUUCAAUUCCCACGGCGCAUGAGAAUUUUCGUCAAGACCCAGACCGAGAAGACCGUCAUCACAUUAGACGUUGAACCGGAAGAUACCAUUCAGAAUGUGAAAACGAAAAUAGCCGAUGAGAUAGGAAUACCAGUCGACCAACAAAGGCUUACUUUUGAAGAUGAAACAAGGGUAUGUGACGACGAGGAUGAAGUUUUGCCUAAAGAUACCCUUAAGAAGGUCAAGAAGAAAAUACCUGACAAAAGUACACACGCCGUCUAUACUGGGAGGACAGGCUUUGACGCUGAACCAGAAACGUCUACUGAGAACGUAAAAACUGACACUCAAGACAAAGAAGAGAUCCCACCUAAUCGACAGCAUCUCAUCUCGAAUAAUGAGGAACUCAAAGAUGACCGUACUUUGAAAUAUUACGACAUUCAAGCAGGAUCAAGCUUACAUUUGUUUCUCAUACUUCGAGGCAGAAUUCAUGUGAAGACGCAGACUGGAAAGAUGAUCACAUUAGAAGUUGUGCCAGAAGAUACCAUCGAGAAUGUGAAGAAUAAAAUGUUCGAGGAGGAAGGAAUAGCUGUCGAAUGUACACGCAUCGUCUACGCUGGGAAGACACUAAGAGAUCGACGCACUCUGGGUGACUACAACAUUCGGAGAGAAUCAAUCCUACAUUUGAUUCCCACACGUCGUGAUAGUGUCAUGCCAAUUCGUUUACGGACACUGACUGGAGAGACGAUCACACUGGAAGUUGCGCCGCAAGAUACAAUCAACGAUGUGAAAAAGGAAAUAUUUCGAAAGAAAAGAAUCACGGUCGAACGUCAAAGCGUGUUCUAUGCUGGCGAGAAACUCAAAGAUCACAAAACCCUGAAAGACUACAAGAUUUGGAGAAACUCAGUGUUAGAUCUGAGAUUGAAGAAAAGGCCAGAAGCUCGUCUUCCACUGCGGAUCGAUUGCGAGGCCAUUUCACAACCUGUUCAGCAAAGACGAUUUUCACGGAUGGAAGCAAUGAGUUUCGCUGAAUUCACGUCACGUAAGCGGAAGGCGGAGGCGUGGUGGGGUUUUACCACAGGACAGGACGUUUUAAACCUCGCUGCGUACAAGUACCUGCAGACAACCGACGCAUCUAAACCAGAUGACUUGAAUGGCUUUGUAUAUUAUUUAGAGCAUGAACGAAAAGUGGUGAUUGUAGAUGUGCAGCCAGGAAGUUUGAUAAUCACGGUGGAAUGCGGCUCCCUUCAGAUACUUAAAGAAUUGUGGGAUGACUAUCGUACCGGUUAUGUAAGUAAAAUGGCGCAGAAAUUCCUUCUAACAAAGGACAUUCUGAAUGAACUUGGCCUAUCGAAGAUAAAAUUUUCAACAUCAAUUCCAAGUGAGAAAUACAGAGCUCUUCAUGAUCAAUUACAGGCUUUUGACUCAGGGUUUCAACGGAAAUAUUUACGACUUAAGACUUUACGACACGCAUUUCAGAACCAAUUCCGCGUUUGGAUCUCCACCAGAAAACAAACCAGAAAAUUGCUCAAAGAGCGAGAAACAGCUCUUUCCUCGUCUCUGAGAAGAACAGAGCUGAGAGGUGAUCAGCCGGGAUGGUCCCUGAGGUCACUAUUGUAUGGUAUUGGUGCUGCUACUGCGGUACUUGCAACAGCACCUGUAUCUGGUGUAGCUGCAGGUGUAGCAGCUGCAGGUGCGUUCGCUUGGGGUGCAAGUGCAGCUGGAGGUGGGAAGAGAUUGACUGUCCGUCAAGCAAUCGACGAAGACAAACAUGCAUGCCUAGAGCUAUACUCAGGUCUAAACCUUCUUGGAAACUGUGUAGCUGACUUUGCUGGUUUUUGUCGCGAUCAUAUUGAUUCAGUAUUGUCGAGUAAACUCGUGGAGGGCGAAUUCAGGUUCCUGCUGUACAUAUUGCGAGGUACACAUUCACCCAGAGCAGCAGCAAACGCGGAAGUACCUCUACCAUUACUACUUGAUGAAGAGGUGAACAUCCAUGCUACGCGUGUAGACACCUUAAUAGAACAGUUAGAACGUUCUGCAGCUAACCAGGAAGCGUUAGCAAUUACCAAACAAAUCGUAGACGAGUUUCAGGAAGGCCCAAAUGAUGAAGAAAUUCGGACAAUGAUCAUGAAUUUUAUCGAAGCAAAGUUCGCUGAAGCCUGUAAAUCAUGAUAGCUGUAACAGUUCUUGGUUGAUAGUUUUCUUCAAACCUGAAACUGUCAGAUCUCAAUUUAUUGUAGGUUUAGAUCUUAACUAUGUUUAGAUAGAGCCGUUUUCAAUUGAGUACCGAAAGUAAUCAUACAAUUAAUAAGAAAGAGAGUGCGUGCUAAAAGCUGCAAUUCUGUUUAACAAUUAGAUUUUGAGUACAAGACUACCAUCAGUUGAUAUUUUUCCGCAGGGAAUAUCUGAGAAUUUUUUUUACGAAAACAGGUAGGUUACGUUACCUCAGUGAUAUUUCGAGAGGGCUUGUGGAGCCUUCCUGCAGGGUUAAGCUUAAACUUAUUAUUUGUUUAUUAUUUAUUUAUUAUUUAUUAUUUGAUGCGACUUAACAACUUCCAUGAUCCCCAACAUCAGAAAAACCGUUACAGAAAUACGCCGCAACCUCCACCACAAAUUCCGCUUUCUUCCAUCGGAAACCUUCUCGGUUGCAAAGGGGUUAGCGUACUACACCUUUAAGAAGACCAAACUCGCCAGCCACAUCGUCUUCAUUGGCCGUUGUUUGCGCAAACGAUUGAUUCCGAAGGGAUUUAAGAUCAACUUUCACUCUACGAGAGCUGACCGUGACAACAAGCGCUUAACCAAGAUUACCAACUCGUGCUCCCGACGUUUGAUGCAAACCACGAUUCAAAACUUGAAAGUUAGUCAAAGAGACAUUUCCGUGCAGUUAACGCCUAUUUCCAAUCAGUUACGCGAAAACUCUACAAAUGCUGAUUACCAACUGAUUGCAUAAUUAAUUUCAGAAAUGAACUCUCGUUUAUAUUCAAAAAUGAAGUUACUCAAGGACAGUAAAUUUCAUUUUCUUCGUAAUGAGUUUUCAUCCAUCCGAAAUUCCACCUCAACACACGAAAAUGUGGAGGACAAAAAGAUUGUUGUCAUCAUCCCUGAAAACCUUGAGCUCGCGGAAGCAGAAACUUCAGUCCUCAGUAAAGGCCUAACAUUUGUCCCUGUGAACAAUAAGAUUGACGAAUAUCAAGUCAAAGCUGACCGUGAGAAACACUUCCACCGUCUAUGACUUAAGGCUCA